UGUGUUUUCUAUGGGAUGUAUGAGAAGAUCCUGCUGUUUCGUCAUGACCAGAGCUCAGACAACAUGCUGCAGCUGCUGCGCUCGGCCUCUCAGAUCCAGGAGGGCGACCUGGUGGAGGCCGUGCUGUCAGCUUCAGCCACGGUGGAGGACUUCCAGAUCCGUCCACACUGCCUGUUUGUUCACUCGUACCGAGCUCCGGCCUUCUGCGACCACUGUGGGGAGAUGCUGUGGGGACUCGUACGACAGGGACUCAAAUGUGAAGGCUGCGGUCUGAACUAUCACAAGCGAUGUGCCUUUAAGAUCCCCAAUAACUGCAGCGGAGUGAGGAGGCGUCGCUCGUCCAACGUCUCCCUGACCGGCGGGCUGGUAAACAUGGGUCGCCCCCUCUCUGCCGAGCCCUCGCCGCCCCACUACACCGACGAUGCUUUACUGUCUCCAGUCAGUCCCAGCAUGGAGCAGAAGAAUCAGUUAGAUUACUUCCCGGGUAGAGAGCGGCGCUCCAGCUCCCAGUCCUACAUCGGCCGUCCCAUCGAGCUGGACAAGAUCCUGCUGUCGAAGGUUAAAGUUCCCCACACCUUCCUGAUCCACUCGUACACCCGACCCACCGUCUGCCAGCACUGCAAGAAGCUGCUGAAAGGCCUCUUCAGACAGGGUCUGCAGUGCAAAGAUUGUAGAUUUAACUGUCACAAACGAUGUGCCCCUAAAGUGCCAAACAACUGCCUGGGAGAAGUUUCCAAAAAUGGAGAGCUCCUGAGCCCGGGGGCGGAGUCAGACGUCAUCAUGGUGGAGGGUUGCCUUGACGACCACGAUAUCGACAGAGGUGGCGGCCUAUUGGACGACAUGGAUGAAGCGCUGACAACAGAGGGGGGUCUCCUGCUGGAGGCGGGGCCCAGCGACCUGUGUGACCUGCACGACCCCGACCUGGACGAGUCCAACCGGGCCAUCAGCCCGUCCACCAGUAACAACAUCCCUCUGAUGCGAGUCGUUCAGUCCAUCAAACACACCAAGAGGAAGAGCAGCAACGUGAUGAAGGAGGGCUGGAUGGUGCACUACACCAGCAAGGACACCCUGAGGAAGAGACAUUACUGGCGUCUGGACAGUAAAUGCAUCACGCUGUUUCAGAACGACACAGGAAGUAAAUACUACAAGGAGAUCCCUCUGUCAGAGAUCUUAUCUCUGGAACCGGCUCAGACUUUCUCUCUGCUUCCUGAUGGAGCCAAUCCUCACUGCUUUGAGAUCGCCACGGCAUCGCUGGUUUACUACGUCGGAGAAAACCUGCAGAGAGCUGAGCCAUCAGUGACGGGCAGCAGCAUCCUGGUCAGCGGAGUCGGGCAGGAUGUGGCUCGGAUGUGGGAGAUGGCCAUCCAGCACGCUCUGAUGCCGGCCGUCUCCACGGGGAUAUCCCACAGUUCUCACCACAGCGGACACAAGGAGAUUUCCAUCAGUAUUUCUGUCUCCAACUGCCAGAUUCAGGAGAACGUGGAUAUCAACUCCGUGUAUCAGAUCUUCCCAGACGAGGUUCUCGGCUCAGGACAGUUUGGCAUCGUCUAUGGAGGUAAACACAGGAAGUCCGGCCGCGACGUCGCCAUCAAGAUCAUCGACAAACUGCGUUUCCCCACCAAACAGGAGAGUCAGCUGCGCAACGAGGUGGCCAUCCUGCAGAGUUUGCACCACCCGGGCGUCGUCAACCUGGACUGCAUGUUCGAGACGCCGGAGAGAGUGUUUGUCGUCAUGGAGAAGCUCCACGGAGACAUGCUGGAGAUGAUCCUGUCCAGCGAGAAAGGACGACUGCCUGAGAGGAUCACCAAGUUCCUGGUCACACAGAUCCUGGUGGCUUUACGUCACCUGCACUUCAAGAACAUCGUCCACUGUGAUCUGAAACCUGAAAACGUCCUGCUGGCCUCUGCAGACUCAUUUCCACAGGUGAAGCUGUGUGACUUCGGUUUUGCCCGGAUCAUCGGUGAGAAGUCGUUCAGACGCUCCGUGGUCGGCACGCCGGCGUACCUCGCUCCCGAGGUCCUGAGGAACAAAGGCUACAACCGCUCUCUGGACAUGUGGUCGGUCGGAGUCAUCAUCUACGUCAGUCUCAGCGGGACGUUCCCUUUCAAUGAAGACGAAGAUAUCAACGAUCAGAUCCAGAACGCCGCCUUCAUGUACCCUCCUCAUCCCUGGAAGAAAGUUUCCCAGGAAGCUAUCGACCUGAUUAACAAUCUGCUGCAAGUUAAGAUGAGGAAGAGAUACAGCGUGGACAAGACCCUCAGUCACCCCUGGUUACAGGACUACCAGAUGUGGCUGGACCUGAGGAGCCUGGAGUCCCGGAUGAACGAGCGCUACAUCACCCACGAGAGCGACGACCUGCGCUGGCAUCACCACGCCCAGCUCAGCGGCCUCGACUACCCCACGCACCUCGCCAACGGCCCCCGCGGCGACGGCGGCGGCCAGGGGGCGGAGCGUUACCAGGAGCAGGAGGAGGAGCUGGAGACCCUCAGUGAGAGGGUCAGUGAACUCUGA